AUGUCUAAAAUAUCGGGGAUUGGUAGUGGUACUGCUAAACCACAUGUUGUUAUUAGUCAUGAUUAUAGUACUUUUGAAAAGAAUAAUUAUACAGCUAGACCUCCAACUUUUAGUGGAGGCUCUAUAGAAUUUGAAUGGUGGAAAAGCAAUAUGUACACUCACAUAAUAGGUCUUUAUGAUGAAUUGUGGGACAUUCUUGAGGAUGGAAUUGAUAUUCCAGUUAAUGGAGUUCGAAUGGCAACUGACAAAAAAAGUCUCACACCUGCUCAGAAAAAGACUUAUAGAAAACAUCAUAGAGUUAAAGGUAUUUUGGUAGAUAUUAUACGUCACUCUGAGUACAUCAAGAUUAUUGAUAAAUUUACUACUAAAACCAUUUUUGAAUCCCUAUGUGCUACAUAUGAGGGAAAUCAACAAGUAAAGGAAGCAAAGGCUAAUCUUCUAGUUCAACAGUAUGAGUUGUUCAGAAUGAUAGAAUAUGAAGAUAUUGAAACCAUAUUCUCAAGGUUUCAAGUUAUUAUUCUUAGGAGUCUUCCUGUCAGACACGCGCCAAAGGUGACUGUUAUUCAGGAAGCCAAAAACUCAAACACAUUAAGUUUUGAAAGCCUUAUAAGCAACCUCUAUAGCCAUGAGAUAGAGCUAAAUGGAGAAGAAUCUGCCAAGAAAUCAAACUCUCUUGCUUUGAGAUCUGUUGCUAAAUCUACUAAGGCUCCUCAAGUUUGGGAGUUUGAAGAAGCUUCUUGUGUAGAAGGUUCAGAAGAAGAUUCAGCUGAUGAGGAGGUGGCCUUUAUUAUCAAAAGAUUUCAAUAUCUUGCAAAGAAGAACAAAAUAUUCUCAUAA